CGGCAGCACAGCACACGUACCCAUCCCAUCCCCAAAAUAACCUCGCGCAGGAAUUUCCAGAGCGGAAAAAUCGAAGGAGAGAGAGAGCGAGGGAGAUAGAUGAUGCGCUGCGCCGGCGCCGCCGUUGCCGUUGCCGUUGCCGUCGCGCUCCUCCUUGGCGUUGCCGGCGCCACCGCCUCGGGGUCCCCCGGGUCGGGACAUGGAGGCACAUGCGCGCGGAGGGGCUCGCCGCCGUUCCUCCACGCCAUCGGAUCGCGCUGCCCCUUCGCACGGAUCGAGCCGUCCCUGCCUCUCGAGGUGAGAGGAGUGGCUGUUGAUACAGAGUUGAACCUUCGCCGUAGGGGUGCUUCAUACUCCAUUCUCUUUUACUCUGCAUGGUGUCCGUUUUCAAGCAAAUUUCGACCAAUAUUUGAAGCUCUCAGCACUAUGUACCCUCAGAUACAACACUUUUCUGUUGAAGAAUCUUCUGCUACGCCUAGUUUGUUUUCAAGAUAUGGCGUCCGUAGUUUCCCAGCCAUUCUUCUCGUAAAUGAAACUGCGAUGGUUCGAUAUCGGGGUUCAAAAGAUCUCAACUCUCUGGUAGAUUUCUAUAAAGAAACUACAGGUCUUGAUCCAAUUGCACAUCUUGAUGUUGAUCAGCAAGAGAGUACAGGAAGCUUGAGAUCAGUCAUGCCAUGGGAUCGAUCUCUGCGUGAAAUGGCAAAAGACGAGCCCUUUUUGCUGCUUGCAGUUCUCUUUAUCAUCCUGAAGGUUGUGGCGCACUUAGUACAUGUUGUGCUCUCUCAUCUGAGAGCCUUCUUAGUUGUGCGUGUCCGAAACUUGAACUUAAGGAUCCGUAGGGGAUCAAACCAACUCUUGGAACGAAUAUUGAAUGUGCUUGAUGCGAAGAGGCUUUGGAGCAAGCUUAAACUGAGCAAUAAGGCAACGGACCUAAGGAAAGGAGCAAGUAACGCUCGAGCUUGGGCUUCCUCAUUUGCUUCUGUUUCAUUGGGUGAACCGUCCUCUUUGAGGCAAGCAUAGCUUUUUUUUUGAGAUGCUGUUUGUUAGGGUAGCUGCUCACAUGGUCCGAAACCAUUUAAUCUUUGUUUCCCAUCCUGCUUUGUAUCAUUGUUCUCUGUUCUGUGCAGUCAGACAUGUGGGAAACCUUACAGGCUUGUAAAUUUUGAGGACAUCCUGUUGUAAAUUAGGAAUACCCUUGCAUUUGCUGGUGCAAUGCCUAAUCUUUCUGUCCAUUAACUACAUAAAAUUUGCGAUGUAUGAUGAACAUCUUUGCAGUUUUUUAGAUUUCUUUCUGCUGUUUGUGGUAUUGUAUUGAUAAUUACACUGUAAUCACCAUUAAAGAACUUGGUUUCACUUUGUUAUUA